AUCAGACAGUGCAGGAAUAAUACCAUUGAUCAGACAGUGCAGGAACAGCAACAUCAAUCUGAUAGUGCAGGAACAGCAGCACAGAUCAGACAGUGCAGGAACAACACACCAGGCAAUGCAGGAACAGCAAAGAACUGGCAGUGCAGGAAUAGAA